AUGAUAGACAAAGUAACAGAAGAGUCAUCCAAUGCUUCCAAUACAGCGACUGAAGAAAAUACAGUGACAACCAUACCCAAAGCAUUACCUGACCCAAAUUGGUCCGUCUUGGAUACGUUCAACGUGCACGACGACACUGAAUUAUUUGAAGAAGCUUUGAUUCCUCCCGAAAACUUCAACAUGGUGUGUGAGCAUGUGUAUCGAUCAUCGUUUCCCAAGAAGAAGCAUUACAAAUUUCUAGAAAAGCUAAAAUUGAAAAGCGUGCUAACACUCAUUCUGGAAGAGUAUCCAGAGCAAAAUAUGAAGUUUUUAGAAGAGCAGAAUAUACAAUUCUUGCAGUUUGGUAUAGCAGGAAACAAGGAGCCAUUUGUGCAAAUUCCAGAAGACAAGAUCAGUGCAGCAUUAGCAGCACUACUAGAUAAACGAAACCACCCCAUCUUGAUUCACUGCAACAAGGGAAAGGUACAAUCUACGUGGCUUGCAAGUAGACGACAUGUCUAG